AUGGACGCGUCGACGCGGGCGCGGACGGUGGAUGAAGCCGCGCGCGCGGCGGGCGCGGCGGUGCGUGACGGGGCGUAUGAAUUAGCGCUCGGGUUUUACGACGAGGCGGUGACGAUGCUGACGCGCGACGCGGCGAGAGGCGCGGACGCGGACGCGGACGCGGACGCGGACGCGGACGCGCGGGACGACGUCGCGAGACGGCGCGCGGUGAUGUGUGCGAACGCGAGCGCGUGUUCGUUCGCGUUAGGGAAGUACGACGAUGCGUUGCGCCGAGCCGAGGCGUCGAUCGCGAGCGAUGGGACGUACGCGAAGGCGCACGCGAGACGGGCGGAGGCGUUUGAGGCGACGCGAGAGUACGCCAGGGCGCGAGAGAGUCUUCGAACGUGUCGAGAACUCCUCGAGUGGGAGGGAAGGGCGGGGGAGCGCAUGCUCGCGGAGUUGGAUGAGAUGGUGAUGGAUUUGGACAAAGCCGAGGCCGCGGGCGCGCAGGCGGCGCGCGUGGGGUUGCAGAUGAAGAUGAGCGCGGCGCGGUUGGCGCGACCGAGCUUCGCGAGCGACGACGCGCGCGGCGCGAGAACGGCGAGACGAGUGACGUUCGAACCUACGCUCGAUAUCGAUUGCGAUACCGACGAGGACUCGCCUCCGGUGAAGCGAGUGACGACGAAACCGAUGCUCGCGGACCUCGGCGCGUUGGCGGUGGAGAAGGUGAUGGAGAUGCACCGCGCCGGCGCCGCGGACGGCGAUGAAUCAUUCGGGCACAAGCGGUGUAAGAUGUGCGGCAACGUGUGUCACGUCAAGAUGACGUCGUGCUCAUCGUGUUGUUUUCCUCUCGUCGCGCCGGACUCGUACGAACCAGCGACGUUACCGCGCGUGGGCGAAGACGCGGGACUGUACGAGAGCGACGACUCGUCGGACGAGGAAGACGUCGAUUUCGGUCGUUCGUCGCUCGGAGACGACGUGAUCGAUGAUGCGAGUGAUGAGAACGACCCGUGGUGGGUGAGACAUUUCACGCGAGCGGCGUUAGAGCCGCCGAGGUACGCGAAGGGAUGCGAUCCGGCGUUGCGAUGCAGUUACGACGCGUUGAAAGUGCCGCUGGGGACAGAUGAGCUCGCCGUGCGCGCGGCGUACAGAGAAGCGGUCUCUGUGUCGCAUCCAGACGCCGGGGGGUCGAGCAAAGAGCUUAAGACUAUUCACCGAGCGUACGACGCGAUUGCUCUGGAUUUUUGGAGACACGACGAAGGCGCCUCUCGACUUCGAUCAUACGCUGAGAAUGAAGACAUCUUCGUCGUCCUCGACGUUUAUCGAAACUGUGAGGCUGAGCACACGUUGAAACGGCUGUUCAGUCGGGCAAAGUACCCCGAACGCGUAUUCGUGGGCGUGUGCUGGCAGUACAAGUGCAAGACGCCGCCUCCAGAUUCUCUCGGAGCUCGCAUCGAUCGUCUACACCUCAGCGUGAACAUGUUGACGGAGGAGAUUACCACCGAAGCCGGUAAAAUCAAAGACGGCGCACAGCAGGAAAAGUACCUUAAGCAGAUGCGUCGGUACCAGCUCAAGGCUUUGCGAGAACAGGACGAAAAGGAGAAGAGAUGUCACUCACGAAAAACGCUCGACGUUCAAUUUCGGGAGCACGUGCGAGAGGUUCACGUCCCUUGGGACGCCUCGGAGGGUCCGUGUUACGCCAAGCACCUGGCAAUGCGUAAGUGGGGUGGUGAAAAGUACGUUUUACACAUCGACGCCAUGACGUGCGUGGACGAGGGUUGGGACGAGACGCUCAUUGCCGAGCUUGGGCGGUGCGGCUCCGACAAGUCCGUCUUAACCGCAGCGCCGCUCGAGUACUCGCUCAAGCGUCAGGACGUUCUCGAAGAGGAGACACUCACGAAGAAGUACGAGAUAUUUGUGUACGGUACCGUAAAGGAGCGAGUUCCUGGGGUGAAUUCACACGAGGCGAUAGAUCCCUCAAGAGCACCCGCGAUUACGUGCGCUCGUGAAUUCGGCGAAUCAAUGUGUCACAUGUACGCUCGGCAACUCGUCGAGGUGCCGAUAUCACCUGCGCCAACUUUAUUCGUGAACAGCUUGUUUUCAUUCGCACGCGCCGAAGCGUUCGUUCGAGACGCUCCGCCGGACGCGCACGCACCGUUCUUACAUCUUGGUGAGGAACUUGGCGCGACGGCGCGGCUCUGGAGCCGCGGCUGGGAACUAUUCGCGCCGACGCGAUUACCUCUGCUACACUGCUACUCUCACGUCAAACGAGCGAUGUGGAUGGAGGACCAACGAAGUGGAACUCUUUUAUAUGCAGAAAGACGAUUUCGAAUCGGAAACGAGAGUGAAUACGAUCAGCGUGAAUUUUUGAAUUUAACGUCUCGUCGACGCGUUUUGCAACUCGUCUGUGCCCCGGAUGAAAACUCUGCUACUUCGAGCGACGAACCGAUCGAAUUCACAAAGAUGUACGGCGUCGGCGAAGAGCGGACGAUGGAGGCGUUCUACGAACACGUCGGGAUCGAUUUCAAGACUCGAGAUAUUUCGGUCAAGGCGAAGCAUGGAGGUUUCGUCGCAGGAAAAUUCCAAUCAAACUCGAGUUUGCUGCCGUCGAUGUGGCGCGGCUCGCAAGGUAAUUAUUUCGGCGGCGUCGGCCCGAGCGAAUUCGCGAGGUGGACAUGA